UAGAUUCUACACUGAUUCUUAGUACAUGUGCUACGAGCAGCUUACAUAGGUACACCACAAACACUAAACAAAUAAUUCACAACAAUUAAACAUACAUUAAAAAUGGAUCCCGAAUUCAAACCUAUUUUAGACAACACCGAUACUGAUAUCAUAGAGAUCGCAGACGACCAGCCCCAAGAUAAUGAUAAUGCUGCCGCUGAGGUACCAGCGUCAAAGGCACAGGACCAGGAGGAGCCCGAGAAACAAGGCAAGUUUGAAUCGAUUCCCCAACCGCGAACAUCAGAACAAGAAAUAAAAGAUGCGGAGCAGAAGGAAACUGAUGCAAAAUUAGACAUUUUACCGGACGGAGAAGGUGUGAAGGCUGCGGAAGAUGGCGGGGUGCCAUUGUAUAUCUCGCAGGAAGAUUUUAAACGGAAGAAGAAAGCUGAGCGAAAGCUGCGAAUGAAAGAUGCGGAAGAAAAUCGUUUAAAGACAAGCGAUUCGAGGGUAUCCUUUGAUGUCAGGGCCCUGAAUGAGGGACGACUCGCUGACGAAGACGAGGCGGGCCAGGCAUUCCGCGAGGAGCGCAAGCGGGAGGAAAAGUUACGGGCUCGCCACACGCUGCUGCUAGAGGAGGAAUACGAGGAGGCGGUGAUCCGGGAUGUGGAGUAUGAGGAGGACGCCCAGACCCUUUAUUCGCAAACUUCUUCCAUAAGCAUCGCGAUGAGCAUAGGUACAGACACCGUUCAACUGAAGGAAGACUUUCUCAACGAAUUCGAUAUGCCCAGUCUGUCAGACUUCUCCGAGGACGAGAAAGAACCUCUUUCAAGUGUUCUCAGAGCGGAAUCCUUCGUCGAGAUGGCGACAGCCGAUGUUGGCGUCUUUGUGGACCCACUAACUGGCGAGGUUAUAACCAGCUCAAGCAAGAUCUCGCUCGAAGAGGCCCAAGUGGAGGCGGAAGAGGUGGCUCCAGACGUGGAAGAUGAGCCGGAGGAAUGCCCCGAGAUUACUGAUGAUGAUAUGCCAGCCUCGAUAAUUGAUCAGGACGACGACCAAGCUUUCGACCAUUUUCGAGAAACCUUCGACGUGCAGGAUCUGGUAGAGAAGGAAGACAUCGAUGCCGAGGCCAACAUGCAACGGGCCGAGCUCCUGAUGAUUACCCAAGGCUUUCUUCAAGAUCUCAUCGUUGCGUUGGUCAAAAAAUCCGAGGCCAUCGGUGUGGACCAUUUCAUCAGAGCUCGCUGCGACAAGAGCAAGCUAAUGGAGGAGCUCAUCACCGUCACGAACACCUUCUACUUUGAGAAAUUGGACAACAUCUUCCUGCAUGGUCGCGUCGCCGAGUACUACAAGCGGGUCAGGAAUAUGCGGGUGUUCUCACGACUGGACCAUAGCGACGAAGCCAACUACAUAAAGCGGUACCUGGAGGCCCUGGAUCAGCUCGACUGUGUGAAGAAUCGAUUCACUGCCGCCAAGAAGAAGAGCAGCUUUCUGCUGAACAAAAUUUUCAUGGAACUGUACUACACGCAAAACAAUGCCUCGCGCUGUGAAUCGCAUCUGGAGCAGACCGUACGCUAUUAUCUCUCGCCCAAGGAUUCUGAGUACCGCAAGCGGCUGGUCGAUCGUGAGCUGAGACUUAUGGCUGUCAAGCGGAACGAGAUCAGCGACUCGCGUCUCGUUCUCAUUACCAUGAAGCACACCUUGGCUCGUUUAACCACUAAAAUCAAUCAGCUGGAAUGUGUGGGCGAGGAUCUGUACAUAAACGACUUCAUAUCCAUUCAGAAUAAGGUGAUCACUCUGGACAAGAAAAUCGAGGAACGGAAUAUUGAAGAGAAGAAGCUGCGUUACAAGUACCAGGUGGACCUGCAUUUGACUCAGCACAACCGAGAGAAGGCGCUGGCUCUCGCCGACAAGCUGCUUCACAGUCAGGCCUCCCUUACACAGCUUCUGGAAAAGCAGCACGCCAUGAGAGAGCAUCUUUAUCGUGUGAAAAUGGACCGCACAAAGCUACGCAAACAGCAGAAGGAUCUGUCGUGCCAGGGUGGCAUCUUGUCGAUGCCGUCCCUUAUGUACGAAUACGAUAAGACAGUGGAGGGGCUGAAGGUGAAGCGAGCCAGCGUCUUCAAGCUGAGGGAGACACUGAAGAACCUCAGUCGUCGCAUCCAAGAGUAUGAGUCGUACUCCAUCUAGAAAUACUCCAUCCACCAAAUACUGAACCAAUCAAGAUACAAAAAUAGGAUCGUUCCUUUGCCUUCUUUUUACCCCUUUGAAAACGAUGAAAUUCUGAAUAGACCAAGUGAUAGACCAGAUAUUAUCACAGCGAGUGAUGGACACAUCCUCCGUGAGUGGCUUGUCAACCAUAGCCCGUUUUCCCUAUCAACAUUCUCCAAACGACAUUAUUUAUGUGAUGAAAAUUAUGAAAGAGGCAAAAUAAAGAAAAAAACACCUGAUUAUCUACAGGAA